GCGAAGCCACCAGGAGGUACAGCGGAGAUGCAGGAGAUGAAAGAGAGGUUGGAGCACAAAAUCGAGGAGACCAAAGAGGCCUACCCGGAUAAGUUCGCCGCCGACCAGAUGGGGGCCGGACCGUCAGGAAUCUCGCAAGCCCAGCUGGAGGAAGAGGAGGGUGCCAGGGGAAAGACCCCGGUGGACGAGGUGGCCACCUUCGUAUCACCCGGAUCGCCGGAGUCGGACGACAUCUACGACGAGAUGGACAGGGAAUACCAGAUCCUGGAGAGGCUGUACGAGCUAUAUCAGCAACUGGCUCCCGACAGGCCGGAAGGGUUGCGGACGCCGCCGGUGUUCAGCAAACAUCCGGAGAUAAGGGAGCUGGGUCGUCAGCUGAGGUACAGGGCCGACGAGUUCGAUCUUCAUCCGGCGGAGAAGUUCCAGCCGGCGGCCGAGUAUUUCGCCGGAGAGGGCGCAGCUGCCCCAUCGCCGUUCGUUGAUCCCAGAGAUGCAGGAAGGUUAGGUCGUGGCGCACAGCCUUCGGAGGAGCCAGAGAUGCCGCCUUCGAGGAUAGCCGUAGAAUCGCCCCCAUGGACGAAGAUCGAAGAACUGAAGAGGAUAACGGAGAUGGCGGAGAAGGGAUUGGACGCGUCUCCCGCCAUAUCCGGAGGAGUCGGUAUGACGACGCCAAAAUCACCUUCAACCCCACGAAGACCUAUCAGGAGAGACCUACGCUUGGAGUUCGACAUGGAGUCGCCUCCGCAAUACGAAUCGCCUCCCGGAAGUCCGCAGGGCAUGCCGACGCCGGAGUUCCUGAUGGACCCCACUCACGGUCUUCCCCAGGUGGUCACGGGGCAGAUGCUGGAGGAUAUGUACGCCGGCAAACAGGCGGAAUACGACGCUUACAUACAGGCCGAGAUGGAGGCGGAGAAAUCGCUGUGGCCAGUGUUGGCGCCCAGGGCCCCCACGCCGCCACCCCCACGCGUUUCUCCGAGGUCGCCGGGUGGCGUAACGACUCCCCAGCAGAGACCUUCGCCCCGAGCACCUACGCCGCCUUCGGUCGGGGGCCCCGGCGUUCCCGUGAGGACCCCGGGCACGCCCAAAGGUCUGCCGCCCAGUAUGCGCUUCCAGUAUACCACGCCGCCGAAGUUCCGCACCACGGAACCGGUGGAGAUACCCGGAGAGCCGGAAUUCGAAGAGUUCGACCCCUUUCAGCACGAGGACAUCAUGUUUCAGACUAUGCCGGAACUGGUCGAGGCGGAUCUGGACGACUUCGACACGUCGAUGGGCAGUCCUCAGUUCGAGCUGAAGGAAUGGUACGAUCCCAUGAAGGCCAUGCUCGAGGCCGAAGAGGAGCCCGAGAUGAUUUUCGACGUCUCCGACGAGAUGGGAGAGAUAGACCUGGUUCCCGCCGAGGAAGACUACAGGGCCUACUCCCCGGCCAUCACCCUCCAGGAGAGGUUGAUGGGGCACGAGAUUCCAAAGGAAUUCUUCGACCCCAGCAGACCCGGGGCCAAGUCCAAGCAGGUGACCAUUGGAUCGAGGAAGGUCCAGGUGGCUAGGACCUCGAAACCGACGACCCUCGCCAAGGAGACCAUCAGGGAAGACCUGUCGGGUGAGAGAUUCGAGGAAUCUCUGGAGGAAUACGAGGAUAUGAUCAACGCGGAGGAGGAGGAAUUCCUCAACAUAUCGCUGGGCGAUCCCGACAGGACCGAGUACUUGAAGAAGAUGGCCGACGAGGCGCAAGACGUUGAGGCCUUAGAAGAGGAGGCGCCACCGGAUCUGUUCGACGUAGACAUGAGUUUUGGAUCGCCAGAGAGACCACCCAGACCUCCAUCUCCUCCCGUUGAGACCCCGCCGUUCGGUCCCGGCAGGGAGAUACUCCUCUACGGAGGAACGCCCGAAGAGUACGACGAGAACAUCUUCCUGGACGAAGAACCGGAAUUCCUGGCCAGUCCUGGGAUGCCCUCGCCCCCACCGCCACCAACCCCUCCUCCGCCGGGACCUCCUAGUCCGGAAACGCCUCCGUGGGCGCCGCCCUUCGAAACCUUCUACAGCGAGGACAUAUUCCAAGACGAGGAACCGGACUUCUUGGCGAGUCCGGGCAUGCCGCCCGGUAGGACACUGGAAGACGACAUGCGAGAGAUCGGCGGGCCCAUCCAGCUACCGCCGUCCUAUUGGGAGCUCCCUUCUCCGCCACCCUCGGUGCCGGUAAACGUGCCGUUGGGGCCCUUGGGUAGGCCCCUGGGGCCCGGGGACGUACAGGUGUCGCCGCAGAGGGCUACUGGUCGCGGCAUACCCUCCCCCAGAAUGAGACAGGCGGCUCCGGUCGGCACGCCAGAGUUCGAUCCGGCCGCUUUCAGAAGGGAACUGAUGGGACACCGCGUGGAAUUCGCCGGGAAAGAACGGUUCCAAGCGGGAGAACGGAUGGUUCCCAGACGUACCCCGAUACCCAGGCAAUAUUUCCCAAUCAGAGAGCACGCCGGUUACGAGGAGUCUAUGAAAUUACACCGGGAGGUCGACGACUACAGAGAAAUGAUGUCCAGACUACCGCCGUUGCCUCCGCCAGCCCCCUACCCCGAGGAACUGAUGGGGCAGGAACGCCAAGGGCGUUUCGCCUACCAGGAGACGCUCCUGGAUCAGCCGCUGUCUCCGAUGGAGAGCCUGCCGUCUCCCUUGGCGCCCAAGAGGGGAGUCACGGGUUGGCAGACCCCGCCGCAUCUCAGGGUCGAGCGUCCGCCCCCCGUAGACUAUCGAACGCCCUCGCCCACACGUCAACAGGAGGCGUUCGUGAGGAUGCCCCCUCACAUCAGCAUGAUCUCGAGGGGUCAGCUGCCGUUCGAAGAGGAGGGCUUCAUGGAUCUGAGGGAAGAGGACGUGUUCCCUCAGGAACUGCAGGAUAGUUACAGCUCGCCCAGGGUUCCGGCUUCGAUGAUGGUGUCGCCGCCUCCUUCGAUGGCGAUACCGACCAUGACGAUGGACCAGCAGAUGAACCAGGCCGAGCAGAGGGCCCUGUGGCAGGCGCAACAGAUCGCAGAGCGUACCCCGCCACGACCUUCACCACCACCUAGACCUCCCCAGAGACAACCUUCUCCAUCUCCCGCACCUCCCCCACCCGAACAGAGAUCCCCACCCCCUUCCAGGCCUCCUUGUGCGAGACCACCAGAAUCCGAACCGAAGGUCCUGAAGAGGGUCCAAGAAACCACCUAUUCUUCCGAAGUGUACGACCCCGACAGUCCUGAGAAUUCGAGGAGAUGGACCAAAGGUAGGACAAUGCUAGAGUUCAACCGCCCUGAAGAGGGCGAUAGAGGACGACCAACGCCCAGUCCUCCUCCGCAAGGUUCUCCAGCACGUCCGCGGGGUUCCCCGGCGCCAACUACUCCACCCAGGCAGAUGCCACAACCACGCCCAGCCAUGGCGAGGGUUCCAAGACCCGCGCAACAAGGCGGAUUGCCUAGGGUGCAAGGUAGAAGGUUGCCGAUGAGGAAUAUAAUCGAAGGAGAGGGUGCGGUGCUGCCUAAAAGGAGGCUGUUUCAAGAUGCCGGACAACAGGCGCCCCCAUCCGGCCAACCCCCGCAACCGCCGAGGAGGGUAUGUCCGGGAGCCCCCAAGGGGGAGAAAGUCGAGAUUGUGGAGGAGUUCGAGGAGACCGAGCACGAUUACAUACCGGAACAUUUGCGCGGUUACAAGUGGAUGGACGAUCCGGAAGCCGAUCAAUUUUACGAAACUUUCAAGCAACAAUUCCGCUGAAGAGUUUUUGUCCCUAGUUUAUGAGGAUGAGAUUUAUGGGAAUAAAUUGUCUUUGUUGA